CCGUCGUUCAUCACCUCCGCUCCGUCCGCAACGCCGAAUUCGUCUUCCCCUAUACGAUGACGUUGUCAAAAGUGCAACGGUCAAAGAUGAAAACCGGAGGAACUUUCUGAAUUACACUUGAAGUAUAGCAAUUCUUACUUCUGACCACACAUCUGUCCUAUUUCAUCAAUACCAUCAACAUUUGUCAUGCCUCUCUCGACUGAAUUCACGCUCAAUACAGGCGCCAAGAUCCCGGCAGUUGGUUUUGGCACUUGGCAAGCACCAAAUAAUGAGGUUAUCGAGGCUGUCAAGACUGCUCUCAAAAGUGGUUAUCGGCACAUCGACUGCGCGGCCAUUUACCGCAACGAAGCAGCAGUAGGUGAGGGCAUCAAGCAAAGUGGUGUUCCACGCUCAGAUAUCUUCGUCACUGGAAAGCUGUGGAACACGAAACAUGAUCCUAAAGAUGUAGAGUCAGCGUUGGAUAAGACCCUAUCGGAUCUUGGCACGGAUUAUAUCGAUCUCUUUCUGAUGCACUGGCCUUGUGCUUUCGAACCAAGCGACAAAUGGUUUCCCAUUGAUGACCGGGGAGUUUUCAAGCUCGCGGACAUUGAUUACGUGGCAACAUACACUGCCAUGGAGAAGCUUUUGAGCACGGGGAAGACGAAGGCUAUUGGCGUUUGCAACUUUACUGUGAAUAAACUCCAAGACCUGCUGUCCAAGGCAAAGGUAGUUCCAGCAGUGAAUCAGAUCGAGGCCCACCCUUAUUUGCAACAACGGGCGCUCGUCGAUUUUUGCAAAUCCAAGGAUAUCCUGAUCGAGGCCUAUUCGCCUCUUGGCAAUAACCAAACAGACGAACCGAAGGUCAUUGAUGAUGCGAAGGUCAAAGACCUGGCCUCUGCAUCAGGUCUGGAUACCGCCCAGCUCGUUCUGUCUUGGGGAGUUCAGCGAGGAACCGUCGUCUUGAGCAAAAGUGUCACGCCCAGCAGAAUUGAGUCAAAUCUCAAGGUCCAAGAACUAUCGCAAGAAACAUUUGCUCAAAUCAACAACCUUGAGAGGCAUAAGCGUUUUAACGUACAAGCAAGAUGGGGUUAUGACAUAUUCGAGGAGUUAGGUGACGAUGCUGUGGAAAGGAUUGCACGUGAAACGGGGCCGGAAAACCUGGAAAAGUUUAAAGACGUUUAACGGGUCACAUUCUACAUACCGUCAUUUUCUGUAUAGAAAUUCAAAGAGCAUGAUAGGCACAUAGCGCAAUGAGCCCACGCCAAUAGAUGCAGUUUUAUACCCC